AUGAAGAACGAAAGAACAACAAGAAUUGUAUUUCUUCUAUGCUUAAUUAUUUUUUUAUUUAUUAUCAUAAGAACAUGUGGGUGCGAAAAGAUAAAAUUAGAAAGGGUUUCUUUUGACAAGGAGUCCAUUAAAGGUGUUAUAAAAAAUAAAAUAAAAAAAUUCAGUGAAAGCAAAUUAGUGCUUGUGACUAACAUACAAAAUUUGCUGCAAACUCAUGGAGAUUUUUUGCAAAUAUUGAGAGGAGGUGAAGAUGGGAGAGGUCACCAGAUUGGAAAGUUCGCACAAAUUGGGCAUAGAAGUGGCAGUAGUGGCAGCAGAGGCAACAGUAGGAGUGGCAGUAGUGACAGUAGUGACAACAGUGGAAACUCUAAUUGCAUGGCAAACUGGGAGGAAUGUGAACUGCACCCAUCAGAUCAAGCCAUGUUCGAUGGAUUAGUAAUAAUAUUAAACGUUCUGGAUGACAAUGUUAUGGAAUACAUAAACAUCAAUUAUGUAAAAGGAUUUCUGGAAAAGAAAAAAAACAUUUUUUUAAGUGUAAACAGUGUAAUUGGAAAAAGUGGAAUGCAUUUUCUAAAUCAGUUGAAUGUUAAUGUAUAUGGAAAUAUGUCAUAUGUCAUAGACAGUUUUAAUCAAAGUUUGCCAAAUGUACAAAAAAAUUCUCAUGAUGGAAGGAAAAUUACAAUAGGAGAAGUAGAACAUUCAUUUUAUACGAGUGAAAUAAUACAAAAUACACCAAUUUUUUCUCAUCAUGUUAUUUCCAAUUCAAGCAUGUUCAUCCCAGUGCAUGCAAGCAAAAUAAAACGUAUUUUAUUCAAAGGGACAGCACAUUCCAUAUUGUUGAAAAAAAAGUACUUUCUUGAACUUGUGACAUGCACAAAAAAUUGUUUACUUUUUGAUAAGAAUGAUAAAUUUAGAAAAAAAUAUAAUAAAGGAACUGAUUUACUAUUAGUGUCAGGUAUUCAAUUGGAAAAUAAUUCCCGAUUUAUUUUUUCGUCAUCCACAGAAAUAUUUUCCAAUCUAUUUUUCCAGCUUAAUGAAGAAAAUAAAAUUUUUUCUCAAGACAUAAUUCUGUGGAAUUUUAAAAAAAUUGGUAUUAUUCGAUAUAACAAUUUUAAAUUACACAAAAUUGAAAAUAAAAAGGAGGAAAAUUUUUUUGUAAAUGAUUUAAUUCAUAUGUCCAUUGAUCUCUACGAAUUGAAGAAUGAUUUUUGGGUACCUUUUAAAAAGGAUGAUGUACAAUUUGAUGUUAUUAAAUUGAAAGUUAAUAGAAGAAAUUUUUUAAAUAUCUAUAAAGGUAUAGACAAUCCAACAUAUUAUAAAAAUUUUCAACUGCCAACUGAACAUGGUGUAUAUAAAAUACAAAUAUACUACCUAAGAAAAGGUUACAAUAUAUUAAAUUUGAAUUACUUCCUUACUGUUCGAUCUCCAUUACAUUAUGAAAAAAAUAAAAAAGUGCAUUUUCCAUUUUACCCCUUUUAUUUCUACAUUUACAUGUCUCUUUUUUCUUUUUUUUUAUUCAUUUUGAUCCUUCUGUUUGACCACUGGGGCUCUUGCGAAAAAAGCACCCAUCCCUAUAAGAACAAAGUCGAGUAG